ACGAAUUCUUUCCAGAAAACAGGAGAGGAUGAUAGACAAGUUACUAGCUAGCUAGUACUAGUACUAGUAGUUGAUGGAUAGAGACCUCAUAUCGAUAUCAUAAUCCAUGCCUCGCUUUUGUUAGUCUACUAGUAGCAAGAAUAGAACGACCAUGAACGCCUUUGUUUCAACGGCACUAGCUGUGCUCUUGGCUGCGCCGUUGGCUAGUGGCUUCACUGUGCCGGCAUUGACCCAAUCCCCCCGUGGAAUUGCUACCAGUACCAGUACACGUCUCUUCUCCAUUCUCGGCACGCAAGAAGACUCCAAGGAAGCUACAGGUAUUACCAGUACUACCUCCUUCGAUCCUGCAGCUGACUUUGAGGAGAUCUCUAUUGGUGUGUUGGAGGAGACCUUUUCGGAUUUGGACCAAUCCGACGACAUUAUCCGCGAUUUUGACGGGUAUCCCGUUUCCAAGGACUACCUUGCCGAAAAGAUGGGCAUUGAACAUGUGGACUAUUACACCUGUCCCGAAGCAGACGCCUUUCGAGGUUUCAUGUCGGACGCCUGUCGCGUCAUUCUCUAUCCCGGUGGAGAAACCGCCUUUUACAAACGCAUCGUCUUUAAGGAUCUGGACCAUGCCCGUGAGAAACAAAAGAAAGCACCCUUCAAACUCCUUCGCGAUUGCAAAGGGAACGAAGUGGUGGCAGCCUUCUUGUCCUCCCAAGCUUGUCAGCAAUUGGUUGAACAAACGGGAGUGCGUAUUCCAAAAUGUUAUCACGCAAAACUAGAGCCCAAUCGGGAAAAUCCCAUUGAAUCAAAAUUCAGUUUUGUGCUGCAAGACUUUUCCCCCGCCGAUGGCUGGUAUCAACAAUGGCUCUUGGACGAGCUCGACGAAGUUCAGGCAACCCUCUCAAUGUAUGCCAAGACUCAUGCCUUUUUUUGGCAGGGGUCCUCCUUUUGGAAGGAUACCCAAGCUGCUCAAGAGUUGGAAGCCGGUGUGUGGAAAUCCGGUAGCUAUGUCCAACCCAAGGCACAAAAUCCCGAACAAUGCCAUAUUGUUGCCUCUGAAUGGGCCACCAAGCGACAGAAAUUUGAAAAAGAGCUGUCGUCAUUUGACUUUUGGGAUACUUUGGGUGAACGGUUGCAAUCCGUCGCGGUAGAAGCCGGCCGUCACGCACAUCCCUUUGCGGACGACGAUCUAGCGGAACAGUACCAACAGUACCGAACAUUUACACAUGGAGACCCAAAGCAAGCUAACCUGCUCUUUCGUCGUCCCACAAAUUCAGAGCUCCAAGUGGGUCUGAUUGACUUUCAAUGGGCAGGAUUUGGUUUGGCCGCUUCGGAUAUUGCGCACUUUCUCUCGGCUGCCGUUCAUGCGGACCGGUUGAUUGAUGGUGGUGAAGAGACUCUGAUGCGGUAUUACUUUGACGAGCUUCAAAAAUAUCUGGUGGAAUACGGAGCAUUUCACACGGCUGAAGAAGCCAUUCAAAAGUAUAGUUAUGAAACAUUCGUGGAGCAGUACGAGACGGCAGUACUGGAUAAAGUUCGAUUGGUGGUGGCGUAUACUUGGGCGAGGUUUGAAAUGCCCGUGGAGAAAGACGACAAAGAAGGGUGUGCUCGGACCAUGAACAAGACGUCUUACAACAAAUCGAUCCCGAAUAUUGUCCAUUUGAUGAGUCGUUGCGAUGCUAUAUUGAAAUCUCGAGGAGUUUAAAAGUAUGUUGCACUACAAUGGCAUGAGAGCCUAUUCCCAAUCACACACCAAAGCUUCAAAGUUUCACAGCCGAUCACCAUCCUAUGCAUUUUGCAGCAGACAAAAUGGAUUUGUAUUUAUAAUGAAUAAAAAUCAGCCAUACGAUAGCCUACACCUCCAAUAUUCGUUUCUGUUCCCUUCUCAAAACAGAUGGAACUUUCUGGACGAGAUUACCAUAACGCAUCAUCUAGUAGAACGACGAAAUCA